AUGUCUUCAGUCGAUUUGAUUGCAAAAGAGUCAUGGUUUCAUGGAUUGUUGCCACGAGAAGAUGUCAAGGCAAUGCUCAAAAAUAAUGGUGAUUUUCUUGUGCGCACCUCGGAGCCCGUCGCUGGCAAAGCAAGGCAUUUGAUCGUCUCGUUAAUGCAAAAUGAGGACGAGCCCGAUGGAGGCGGAAGUAGACAUUAUGUAAUCAAAGAAGAGAAUGGGAAGCUCUCGCUCGUUGAGCACAUCGUUUUUCCAACUGUUCAAGCAUUGCUCAAUUAUUACAAAGAAAAUCGGAUAAAUGCUAAAGAGCAGAAUAGUAUAUUGAUCAAUCCGAUAAACCGCCAAUUUUGGGAAUUGAGCCACGACGAUAUCACUUUAACGAAAACGUUAGGAGAAGGAGCAUUUGGAGAGGUGAAAGCUGGGACCCUUGAAACAAAAAAUAAUGGCAAAGUGAACGUUGCUGUGAAGGUGGCGAAACUUGAAAAAGUGACAAAAGAGCAGAUCAAAGAAAUAAUGGCCGAGGCACGAUUGAUGAGAAACUUUGAUCAUAAGAAUGUUGUAAAGUGCUAUGGUGUUGCGGCCGGCAUGGAACCGCUGAUGGUUGUCAUGGAGCUUGUGCCAGGUGGUGGGCUUGAUUCAUACCUUCAGAAAAACAAAGUGGCGUUGCCGGAAAAGAUUGACAUUAUGUGUCAGGUCAUCAAGGGAAUUGUGUAUAUCCACAAGCAGAAUGUGAUUCAUCGCGAUAUUGCCGCAAGAAAUUGUUUGUAUGGCAAUUUGGUGGUCAAAGUCUCGGAUUUUGGCCUUUCGAGACAAGGGAAAAGCUAUCAGAUGAAUCCGAAAAAUCGCGUUCCGAUUAGAUGGUUGGCACCUGAAACUUUGGCCACAUACACUUAUACCCCUCAAUCAGAUGUAUUUGCUUUUGGAAUCCUUUGUUGGGAGGUAUUGGAAAAUGGCGCCCAGCCGUACCCAAAUAUGACAGUGGCAGAUGUGCACAAUAAGGUUCUUAAAGAGGAUUAUCGUAUGACAUUGAACGAGAAAACGCCGCCAGAAAUUGCCGAUAUUAUUGCAACUCAGAAGAAGACGUGGAUGGUUCAGCCGACAGAUCGCCCAACCUCGGCAGCUCUUUCGGAAAUGUUUGAUAUUGUUGUGAAGAAGCUUGGUCCGGGUGCGACUCCUUCACGAGGAGGAGCUGGUUUGGGCGGAUCAAUCUCGGUUCAAGCCAGGAAUAAGGUGUUCCGCAUCAAUGUUCGAGAUCCUCUUUGUCAAGCAGCAAAACGAGGAUCGGACACGAACGUAUCCGUUUCGAAUGAAGAACCAGAAUUCGACGAGUAA